AAAAAUCAUUUAUAUUAAAUUAGUACCGUCAAAGACAUUUGGGGAGGAGGAACAGAAGAUAGGGGAUGGCGGUGGAAGCUGGACAAUGGUGCAGAGGAAAGGAAAACAGUUUGUGUUGAAUGGCGGGGGACAACCUUUCUACAUUAAUGGGUUUAACAUUUAUUGGCUGAUGGUAUUUGCAGCUGAUUUAUCCACUAGAGGGACGGUCAGUGAGACAUUUCAGCAGGCAUCUUCUUUGAGUCUAACCGUAUGUAGGACUUGGGCUUUCAAUUAUGGACAAUGGAGUGCUCUUCAGAAAUCGCCAUCAGUUUAUAAUGAACAAGUUUUCCAAACAUUAGAUUUUGUAGUGAACGAAGCAAAAAAAUAUAAGAUAAGGCUGAUAUUAUCAUUAAUCAACUGGGAAACAUAUGGGGGAACACAAUAUGUAAAAUGGGGUAGAGAGAUUGGUGGCCUUAAUAAUUUAACUUCAGAUGACGAUUUCUUCUCGGAUCCAACACUCAAAGCCUACUACAAAUCCCACGUUAAGACAGUUCUUAAUAGAGUGAAUUCAGUGAAUAACAUCACUUACAAAGAUGACCCUACAAUCUUUUCUUGGGAACUAAUGAAUGAGCCACGCUGCACCUCAGACCCUUCUGGAGAUAAACUAUAG